GUCCACGUCAUUUUCAAGUAAACAGUAAUUUACAUUUUCAAUUCGGUUGUGUGUUAUGAGUUUAUCUACUUAGUAUUAGUGUUGUAUUUUACAAAAAAAAAUUACAAAUUAUAAUUCGAAGUGGAACGUUGUCGCUGGCAAUGUGGUAUGCCGUUAUCUCCCGGUUCCUUCGUCGUAGAUUAGUAUUGGCGAUUAUCUUUUGUCUUUCCCUGACAUAUUGUAUGGUUCGUUUAAUAGGAAGCAACGUAUCUUUAAACCUGGAUAGUGACCUAUUUCAACCUGUUUUGCAGAGGGAAAAACCGAUUAUAUGGAAUAAACUGUCAGUCGAAGAUAGAAACAGAUCAAAUGACCUUUCAGUAUCAUGUCGAAACUCUAUACAGGGUAAAGCUCUUAUCGUCGAUGAUAGAGGUUACGUCUGUAUGAGAUCCGAACUUUUAUGGACCGGGUGCUGUAACGUAGAGGUAGAAAGCAGUAAAUUAUUUUAUUGUGAUACCUGCCAAAAUAGUAAUUGCUGUGCAAUUUAUGAACAUUGUGUUUCCUGUUGUAUGCACCCAAGUAAGAAAUCGCUCCUAGAACGUGUACUCUCAAAAGCUACUGGACGACAAAUUGCAGUUUACUCUACUGUCAACGACCAGUACGAACUCUGCCUCACCAAAUGUCGGACGAAUUCGCAUUCCGUUCAAAAUGAGAACAAAUAUCGUGACCCAAAAUUAAAACAUUGCUACGGAGAAACCGAAGAACAGCUUGUGAUACCAAACAAUAAGAAUAGAGACAACGCAGUACUUGAUAACAAUUCUUUAGUAAAUAGUGCCUAGAUUAAUGAUUCUUUUAUAGAAAUGUUACGUACCGCUUUUUUGUGAAAAAAGUUUACUAGUACGAUAAAAACA